AUGCCGACUCUUGCUGGACUCUAUACCUCUUUCUCUGGCCGAAUUCUGGCCAUUGAUGGAACGAAUCGGCUGACACUCCUCCCAAAAGAGGACCAGCCUAGUUCCGCGAAUAAACUUCGAGCGGAUGGCGAGUUCUGGCUGUGCUGCGACGAUGGCUUGAUUGGCAAGUUUGGAAGCCCGACUAAGGUUACACUCCACCAUGAAAAUCAGGAAUACCAUGUGUGGGUUGAGCCUCGUGGAUUCAGCAACGGAGCAAAUGAGUAUGGGCUGAUUCCCGUUGUUCCUGGUGGGGAGUACAGUAACCGGUUUUUGGCCGUUAAUGAUGAUCUGGACCGGCUCAAGAUUGUGGAUUCGUGGACACGGGAGGCGAAGUUCCGAUGUGUUGAGUAACCGUCAGUCGUGUCAGACAUCAGCUCGGGUUUAUGCAUGACAUUCGGCGAGGCCGCUUCCCGAGUUACUCUUGUCGUUGUACGAUGAUGCGUACAGAUAGAUGUCAG